AUGAAUCAAGUUGCAAAGACUAGGCAAUCCCAUGCACAAGAAAUUCUGAACAUAAUUGCUCCAUUCAAAUCUUUCACAGCCAUGCUAACUGAGGCUGAUAGCAGUAUUCUCACCCCAAAUGUGCAAGACCAGAGCGCUCAAGUUGAUCAAAUGAUCCAAACUCAUAACGAAAAUUUGAGGUGGGGAUUAGCUAGAAUGUGGGGGAAGCACUACAACAUGCUCCAGUGUGCGGCAGAGGAAAUAGUGGCCAAAAAACUGAAAGAUCAAGAGAUGGAACUGAUUAAAAUGGCACAUCAGAACGAGCAGUUGGAAGAGAUGUUGUCAAAUUGCAGAGCUGAGGCACAACGUUUAUUUGGUAGGAACAAGAAGUUGGAAGAGUUGGUGUCACGUUUCAGAGCGGACGGACAAAAUUUAUCGGGCAGGUUGAAGUCUACUGAGCGAUUGGUGACCAGUCUACGGGGAGAACUGCGUACAGCUAUGUCAGAAGGUCCAAAUCCGGGGACACAGGAAGAGGACGCAGAGUCAUCAUAUGUGGAUCCCGAGCGAGAUUUCAGUGUGAACCUCGAGUGCAAAGUUUGCGAGAGCAGGCUUGCAACAGUGAUGCUGUGGCCAUGUUGCCAUGUUUGCAUCUGCCCACGUUGCGAGGCAAACCGGACAGAGGCAACCAGGUCCUGCCCAGUUUGCCGGACGGAUGCAAGUACUAGUGUCCGUGUCCAUCUCCCUCUCAAUUAG